CUGUGGGCCAGGGAGGCAGGUAUCUCGCAGUGUCUCCACCACCUCAGCUUCUACCUCCUUCGCUUGAGCUGCCCUCGCGGGCGCCUGGCUGCUCGGGCAUGAGACCGUGAAGUGAGAGACGGGGCCGCGUCGCCGACAUGUUUGGCCGCUCGCGGAGCUGGGUGGGCGGGGGCCAUGGCAAGUCCUCCCGCAACAUCCACUCUUUGGACCACCUCAAGUAUUUGUACCACGUUCUGACCAAAAACACCACAGUCACGGAACAGAACCGGAACCUGCUCGUGGAGACCAUCCGCUCCAUCACCGAGAUCCUGAUCUGGGGCGAUCAGAAUGACAGCUCUGUCUUCGACUUCUUCCUAGAGAAGAACAUGUUUGUUUUCUUCUUGAACAUCCUGCGGCAGAAGUCGGGGCGCUACGUGUGUGUGCAGCUGCUGCAGACCUUGAACAUCCUCUUUGAGAACAUCAGUCACGAGACCUCCCUCUAUUAUCUACUCUCCAACAACUACGUCAACUCCAUCAUCGUGCACAAGUUUGACUUUUCCGACGAGGAGAUAAUGGCGUACUACAUAUCGUUCCUGAAAACGCUCUCGCUAAAACUCAACAACCACACCGUUCAUUUCUUUUACAAUGAGCACACUAACGACUUUGCCCUGUAUACAGAAGCCAUCAAAUUUUUUAAUCAUCCUGAAAGCAUGGUUAGAAUUGCUGUCAGAACCAUAACUUUGAAUGUGUACAAAGUGUCAUUGGAUAACCAGGCCAUGUUGCACUACAUCAGGGACAAAACAGCUGUUCCUUACUUCUCCAACUUGGUGUGGUUCAUCGGGAGUCACGUGAUUGAGCUGGACAACUGUGUGCAGACGGACGAGGAGCACCGGAAUCGGGGGAAACUGAGCGACCUGGUAGCUGAGCACCUGGACCACCUGCACUAUCUCAAUGACAUCCUCAUCAUCAACUGCGAGUUCCUCAACGACGUGCUCACCGACCACCUGCUCAACAGGCUCUUCCUGCCACUCUACGUGUGCUCGCUGGAACACCAGGACAAAGGAGGAGAGCGCCCGAAAAUCAGCCUGCCCGUGUCUCUCUACCUUCUCUCCCAGGUCUUCCUAAUUAUACAUCAUGCACCCCUGGUAAACUCACUUGCUGAGGUCAUUCUGAACGGUGAUCCAUCUGAGAUACACGUCAAGACUGAGCAGGAUGUUCAGAGAAAUACUCCCAGCUCACACAGUGACGGUGAUGCCGCAGCAGCUCAGCCCCCUGGGAACAGAACAGUGUGUGGAGCACAGUUCCUGUCUGACGCACGGCGGGGCACCAAGGAGUGGGAAUCCACUGGAAGGGCCAAGCCCAGCAUUCGGUGUUUCAUAAAACCCACCGAGACGCUCGAGCGGUCGCUUGAGAUGAACAAGCACAAGGGCAAGAGGCGGGUGCAAAAGAGACCCAACUACAAAAACGUUGGGGAGGAAGAAGACGAGGAAAAAGGGCCCACUGAGGAAGACCACGCCGCCGCCGAGAAGGCUAAAGGUACAGAGGGUGGUUCAAAAGGCACCAAGACGAGUGGGGAGAGUGAAGAGAUAGAGAUGGUGAUCAUGGAGCGCAGCAAGCUCUCAGAGGUGGCCGGCAGCACUUCCAUGCAGGAGCAGAACACCACGGAUGAGGAGAAGAGCGCCGCCGCCACAGGCAGCAGCGACAACCUGCAGUGGAGCAGACCCUUCCUGGAUAUGGUGUACCUGUCCCUGGACAGCCCUGAGGAUGACUACCAUGCCCUCUUCGUGCUCUGCCUCCUCUAUGCCAUGUCACAUAACAAAGGAAUGGAUCCGGAAAAAUUAGAGCGAAUCCAGCUCCCAGUACCAAACGAAGCCGAGAAGACCACCUACAACCAUCUCCUGACCGAAAGACUCAUCAGGAUAAUGAAUAAUGCUGCCCAGCCAGAUGGGAAGGUCCGGUUGGCCACACUGGAGCUGAGCUGCCUGCUCCUGAAGCAGCAGGUCCUGGCCAGCUGCAGCUGCAUCAUCAAGGACGUGCACCUGGCCUGCCUAGAGGGUGCCAGAGAAGAGAGUGUUCACCUGGUGCGGCACUUUUACAAGGGAGAAGAAAUUUUCCUGGACAUGUUUGAAGACGAGUACAGGAGUAUGACGAUGAAGCCCAUGAACGUGGAGUACCUUAUGAUGGACGCUUCCAUCCUGCUGCCCCCGACGGGCACGCCGCUGACGGGCAUCGAUUUUGUCAAGCGCCUGCCAUGCGGCGACGUGGAGAAGACCCGGCGGGCCAUCCGGGUGUUCUUCAUGCUCCGCUCCCUGUCACUGCAGCUGCGUGGGGAGCCCGAGACCCAGCUGCCGCUCACCAGAGAGGAGGACCUGAUCAAAACGGAUGACGUCCUGGAUCUGAAUAACAGCGACUUGAUCGCAUGCACAGUCAUCACCAAAGAUGGCAGCAUGGUCCAGCGUUUCUUGGCAGUGGAUAUUUACCAGAUGAGCUUGGUGGAGCCCGACGUAUCCAGGCUUGGCUGGGGAGUGGUCAAGUUUGCAGGCCUUCUGCAGGACAUGCAGGUGACCGGCGUUGAGGAUGACAGCCGCGCCCUGAACAUCACCAUCCACAAACCUGCCUCCAGCCCCCACUCCAAGCCCUUCCCCAUCCUCCAAGCCACCUUCAUUUUCUCGGACCACAUCCGCUGCAUCAUCGCCAAGCAGCGCCUCGCCAAGGGCCGCAUCCAGGCCAGGCGCAUGAAGAUGCAGAGAAUAGCUGCCCUCCUGGACCUCCCAAUCCAGCCGACCACCGAAGUGCUGGGGUUUGGACUCAGCUCGACGGCGCCCGCUCAGCACCUGCCUUUCCGCUUCUAUGAUCAGUGUCGCCGCGGCAGCAGCGACCCCACAGUGCAGCGCUCCGUGUUCGCGUCGGUGGACAAGGUGCCAGGUUUUGCGGUGGCCCAGUGCAUAAACCAGCACAGCUCACCGCCCAUGUCCUCCCCGUCACCACCGGCCACCAGUGGGAGCCCCAGCGGCAGCACUAGCCACUGCGACUCGGCCAGCGGCAGCUUGUCGUCCACACCCUCCGCAGCCCAGAGCCCCCCAGAUGACCCCAUGACUCCUGAACAGCCACGGCCCCACCUUCCUGACCACUUGGCGGUCGUCAGCGAGACAGAAGCAGGCCCCAGGCCCAACAAGAGCCCCGUGAGGAGUGCAGAUGUGGAAACAGCCACCCUGUCCCCCAGCCUCGUCCCUGCACCGCAGCCCACCAUCUCCCUGCUCUGCGAGGACACGGCCGACACCCUCAGUGUGGAGUCACUGACCCUCGUCCCCCCCGUGGACCCCCACAGUCUCCACACCCUCACCGCCAUCCCCCUGCCCCCCGCAGCCACCUCGGGCCAGGAGGCUGGGCCCCUAGAGCCAGCAGGCCCCAGCGAACACUGAUCCAGCUUGGAGAGGCCAUCCUUGUGGGACCUCCGCACCGUACCCAACAGCCCCUCCAGCCCUCUCCUGAGUUCUCCUGUGUAGAGACACACACCACACACACACACACACACACACACACACACACACACCCCGUACCUCUUCCAGAACAGAGCUGAGCCCUGAAGGGGUCCUGCUGAGUGACCUUGCCCCACCCCCGCCCCAUCGCCGUGUGCCCAGAGAUGGACAAGACCUGUGGGAAGUUGCACCUUAGAUGGGGAGAACUGGGCCGAUGCUGCCUGGUCCCCUGGGGUGUUUGUUUCCGCCUGGGCAGCAGAUGAAAGCAUCUAGUGGAAAAGUCCACACACACACACACACACACACACAUCCCCCUGCCCUAAGGUUUGGUGUCAGUCAGACGCGGAGCGGGGAGUUCGGCUUUGCUUUCCCGCAAACGUCCCAGGGCUCUGUUGGCAACUCGCUCUCUGCGUGGCGCUCCGAUUUCUGGUCAGUGACUGGGGUUUCUCUCUGACUCACACUCACUCUGCCAGCCUGUGGAUGAUGAUAAAGCCCCUUCCUGGAAAGUUUGGACGAUUUUGCAAACAAACUCGGAAGUUACGCAUACUCUCGGAACAUGGAGCACUGAGAGGGUCAGGGCUGCUUUGGCGUCCCACCUGGGGGAGAGCUGGCUGUGGUCAGGGAGGUCCGCCGGCUCCCAGACUCCGCGGUCUCAGGAGAACUCAGCCGGGACAGCCUCAAGCUGCCUUUUCCAUCCUCACCCCAUCUGCAUCUAAGAAAGACCACGCACGUGACAGACCACUCGCUCCAGACGCCGUGAUGGAAUCCAAGCAAGGGAAGCUGCCCUCCCCCACCCCCACUCCACUUGCCGGGCACUGUCCAGUGUUCCCUGCCAGAUGCAGGUGCCCAGUGACCCCAACUGAGUUUGUUGUCCCCCCUGCUCUCAUGGCUCUGAGCACUGCAGGCUGGCAGUCAGAGGCUCAGAUGGCCGCACUGGCUCGCUGAGGCGGGUCCCUGGGCUCUGAGGACAGCACCUCCCAGGCUUCAGGCCAUUUAGUCGGGGCUGGCCCUCGUGUCCUGGCUGGUGGGGACCGGCAGUGCACGUCCUCGUGCCAGGGUCUAAGAGGAGCCCAGGCACUCGGGUCGAGCCACCUGGCAGCAGGCAUAGCCAGCAAACCUAGUAGCUGGCA